AAACCGUCCUCGCAUUGUGCAAGAGGCUUAACGACUUGCAGCGAACAGUACAGCGCUGUUGGAGGAGUGGGGAACUUUUUCCGCGUCCUGUCGGUUCGCGGACUUUUCUCUCAUUGAAAAGACUAUGAAGAUAAUACACGUCCUCAAUAUAAGUGAGGAAUUAAUAUAAGCAUAAAACAUGGAAGUCAUUGAAGUAAUGUCUGAUGAUGAGAAAACGAAUAAAAGAAAAUCUAAAAGCUGCAAUAGUGAUUGUAUCAAUUUUAAAUGUAAGUCUGGAGUAAAUUUAAAACCAGCAUCUUCCUUUGCGUGCGCCUAUUAUGGAAUUACAAAAGAGAAAAAACAGAAAAAGAGACGUGUGAUAUGUCAAGAAUGUUUUUACUUAGCUUUGCAACAUCAACAGCAAUUAGUAGAAGCCUUUGUGGAAAAUAAAUCAUUAUUAGAUUGCGAUUUUCCUGAUCACACAAUGGAAGUAGAAAUUUCUGAUAGUGAUGAUUCUGAUGAUGACAAGAAAAAGGAACCUUUUGAUAACGAUGAAUAUAUACCAGAUGAUGUGUUUUUGGACAUCAAAGAUAAAUUAGACAAUACAUUAUCAAGCAUUUAUAAAAAAUAUAACGUAGACCAGCAAACCAAAGUAGCAUGUGACAUACUGAAAAACAAAUGGCAAAACCUAUAUAAAACAAAUGAGAGUCUUAAUACCGAAAUACUAAACAUGAUGAGUAAUAUGGAUAAACUGCGUAAUAAGUUAUAUGAAGAUUUUAGACCACAAAUUAAAAUGCUGGAAGAAUUGCAGAUAACUGAUGAGCCUGUGGAGAAUAUUCAUUUGACCGUAGCAACAAAAAAAGUAACUCAAAUACAGCAUCUAUCGACCACUUUGCCACAGGAUCAGCCAGACAUCAUGGCGAUUAAAACAUGUAAUAAGACAACAAUACCUAAUUUACCACCAAAUGGUCCAUUCUUUAAACGACGACCAGAAGUUGAUCUUAAUAUUCUUGUCAUGAAAAGUCCUGUUAUGCCAUGGAUUAAAGCAAAGAUACUGAGUAUAAUUUGUACGAAUCCGUGGAGCGUUCGUGUAAAACUAAUCGGAAAAAAGUACAAUGCGGCAGUUAAGACAGUCCCUGGCAAACAUCUAGCAGUGAUUCAACCGAGUUCAGUUAUAAUUCCAGUUCGAACUCGAGUUGUGUCUGUAUUUCACGAUUCCACACUUGCCAAAAAUUAUUACAGCGGAAUAGUUGCUGAAGCACCAAAGGUUUCGAAUAAAUUUAGAUAUCUGAUAUUUUUUGAUGAUGGUUAUGCUCAAUACGUUAAUCAUGUAGACAUCUUCCCUAUUUGGGAGCCGUCUUUACGUGUUUGGGAAGAUGUUCCUAGCGAUACGCAAGACUUUGUAAAGAAAUACUUGGAAUCAUAUCCUGAGAGGCCAAUGGUAAAACUACAACCGGGUCAAAGAGUUAAAACUGAGUGGAAGGGCAAAUGGGGAAACGCGAAAGUGUUACAAAUAGACGCAAGUUUAGUGCAAAUGCAAUUCGAAGCCGAUAACAGAAUCGAGUGGAUAUAUCGCGGAUCGACCAGACUGGCUCCUUUGUACAUCGAAGUUUUGAAGGCCAAUGCGAGACAGAAACUUCAACAGUUAGGCACCACGCACACCCGACAUCGUAUUCCUACUACUUCUAAUAAAAAUAAUUUACCUUACGUUGAAUAUACGUCUAAUGUGGAAGAAGAUUUAACGCAACAAGUGCAGGAAGAAAAAUCAACAACCGCAACAAGCACAGCAUCUGACACGCCGUCCGCUGCGCCGCAGCAAUCACGCGCGGUAGCAAAAAAAAGUACUGCUAAACGGCCAAGCAAUGUAGAUAAUACAACGUACAAUCCUGUCAUAGAGACAAAACCAUCACACAGUAUUGUUUUUUACUGUACGCAGAGAAAAUACGAGCCGAAGAAAUAUGUGCUUCACAAGUGUGGGCCAAAGUGCAUCAAAGGCAUUAAAGUUUCGCAUGAAGAUUUGAAGGGUCUCUCACCGCUUUCAAUACCUUUAUUAUGCGGUUGGCAUCGUCAGCUUUGUAAAUAUUCGAAGGGCAAGAAAGUCAUCAUUUAUCAGGCACCGUGCGGUGUCAGAUUACGAAAUAUGGAAGAAUUGCAUCGUUAUCUUCGCGCAACCGCUAGUACAUUAUCUGUUGAUCUGUUCGAUUUCGAUUACUGGGUGCGCGCUUUCGCGGACUUCGUUGUGGAGAAAUGUUUUAUCAACAUCAAGGAUCUCAGUUAUGGCGUGGAAAAUGUGCCGAUACCGUGCGUGAACGACUUGGAUCACACGCAGCCAGACACGAUAAGAUAUACGACACGUCGCGAGCCAACGGAAGGUGUUAAUUUGAAUCUCGAUCCCGCGUUCUUGUGCAGUUGUGAUUGCGAGGAUGAUUGUCAGGAUAAAACAAAAUGUCAAUGUUGGCAAUUAACGAUACAAGGUGCUACUUUGGGAGGAAAAGUGCCGAAUAUCGCGGUUGGUUACAUAUACAAACGUCUGCCUGAACCGGUUACCACCGGAAUCUACGAGUGUAACUCGGGAUGCAAAUGUUCCGUGAAGACGUGUCUCAACAGAGUCGUGCAACAUCCUCUCGCGUUAAAAUUACAGGUAUUUAAAACGGGACCGCGUGGUUGGGGUAUAAGAUGUCUUAACGAUAUUCCCCUCGGCGCUUUCAUCUGCAUAUACGCAGGAAGAUUACUCACCGAACAGGGCGCGAAUGAAGGAGGUAAAAAUUACGGCGACGAGUAUCUCGCAGAAUUGGAUUACGUGGAAGUAGUAGAAGGUUUCAAGGAGGGUUACGAAAGCGAUGUUCUCGAGCCGGAAAUGCCGAUCUCGGCUGGGGAAGACGAUAAUGAUAAAGAAAAAGAAUCUGUGAAAGAAGUGAGCGACGAAGAGGACACCGCGAAGGAAAGCGCUAAUGACUCCGACGAAGACUUCGACAUCAAUAAUUAUGUAGCCGAUAACAUAGAUUUGAUGGAAACAACUGCAGAAUCUUCAUCUAUCAGAAAACGUCUGCGAAAACGAAAAAGAAAGAGAACGGAUAAUCAACCGGAUGUAUCCGAAGAGAGCAGUGUAGACGGAAACAUGGUGAAAAACUUGACAGACGGUUCAAAGUUGUCAACGAGUGAGAAUCGUAUAAUAGAUCACGAUACAAUUAAUAUAAGCGACGAUGAUGACAGCAGAAGUAACGAUGUGAGAGAACCCAGCAGAUUUGAACCGAGUGUAGAACCGAAUCAAAUACAGAAACCAGUUCAUAAAUCUGUGAGGGACUAUUUUGGUGAAGAUGAAGCUGUUUAUAUUAUGGAUGCCAAAACGACCGGAAAUAUCGGUCGUUAUUUGAAUCACUCCUGCGAUCCGAAUGUCUUCGUGCAAAAUGUUUUCGUCGACACACACGACGUGCGUUUCCCGUGGGUAGCGUUUUUCGCGUUACAAUAUAUAAAAGCUGGACAAGAACUAACGUGGAAUUACAGUUAUGAUGUUGGAAGUAUACCAGGCAAAGUGAUUGUUUGCAAGUGCGGUGCAAGGAAUUGCAGAGGCCGUCUUCUGUGAACUGUGUAUUUUGUGUGGUAAUACAAAUUUUAAAUGUAAAUAAAAUUCUGUUUUUGACUCUAGCAAAUUUGAGACUUCAUAAUUUACGACAUGUGAACUCGCUAAAUUAUCGUCAUCAUUAUUAUGUCAUCAUCAAUACUUUUUACAUGUACGAUAAUAAAGGUAUUUGCACGUC